AUGGUUCCGCGUUGCCUCGGAACUCCGCUGGAUGACUACGUGAACCGGCCCGAUUCGCAUUACGCUUACCAAGUAUUAACUGAUCAGACAAAACACGUAGAAAAUGGUUACACGGUGUACAUACUGAAUAUGACGUCACAAAAGUGGUUGACAGAGAAAGAUUCCGAUCGUUCCAUUUGGUGGCAUUACAUGGCAAUCACCGUGCCUGAUAAAUUGACUAUUACAGACACCUCGUUUAUGUACAUCACUGGUGGCAGUAACACUGACGGACCUCCAGAUCCGCUUGGUGAUGAGGAAGUAUUAAUGACGUCACUCUUUGCUUUGGGAACCGGAAGUAUCGGCGCCAUUUUGAAACAGGUUCCAAAUGAGCACAUACGGUUUUACGGUGACCCAAAAAAUAAAAGUAGAACAGAAGACGGGAUUAUUGCUUAUACAUGGAAACAUUUCAUACAAUAUCCCACGCAACCAGACUGGCUGUUACGUAAUCCGAUGACAAAGGCGGCAGUUCGUGCUAUGGAUACUAUAACAGACUUCGCUAAGAAAGUGAGCCCUCAGACAAAUAUCAACAAAUUUAUGGUAGCAGGAGCAUCUAAGCGUGGAUGGACCACGUGGACUACAGCCGCUGUUGAUAAGAGAGUCAUUGCGUGCGCCCCCAUCGUCAUGGAUGAGCUGAAUAUGGUCAAGAAUCUGCAUCAUCACUUCCGGGCUUAUGGGGGAUGGACGUUUGCGUUCAGCGAUUACUACGAAGAAGACGUCACCAAAAACUUAGAUCAUCCAAACACACAGGGGAUUGCAGACAUCGUCGACCCACUAACCUAUAAGGAUCGAUUGACCAUGCCGAAAAUGAUUAUAUCUACCGGCGGAGACGAGUUCUUCCUUCCAGACGACUCUCACUAUUAUUACGACCAGAUGGAGGGUAUCACAUAUCUUAGAAUUACUCCAAACGCGGAACAUUCUUUAAUUCUACACUACGCCCAAACAGUUCUAAACUUGAGGUCUUUUUUUCUCAGUGUCGUUGAGAACCGAAAGAUGCCCAAAAUGACCUGGACACGAAAUGAGGUAUAA